AUUCUUUCUGCUCACCAUCUGUUUGUUAAUUUGUCUCAAUGGAUUACUAUGCUCCUUCAGCACCACUUGCUCCUCACCCAAAAAGAAAAAACAAAGCUUGCCUUUGUCUAUCGAUUUUCUUUGGAGUUCUUGUUUUUGUGGGUCUUAUCCUUCUGAUUCUUGCCCUUACCGUCUUCAAAACCAAAAACCCAACCGUAACAAUUAACUCUGUAACUGUGGAUUAUCUCAAAUCCUCAGUAGAUCCUCCACCAUCAAGACAAGUUUAUUUGAAUCUAACCCUUAAAUUGGAUAUAUCAGUUUAUAAUCCAAACAAGGCAAGCUUCGAUUACAGUGAUAGUUCUGCAAAAUUGUAUUACAAUGGUGAAGAAGUAGGCAAUGCUCCGAUCUCAGCUGGAGAUAUAUCUGCUGGAGGAACAAUUGAAAUGAAAACAUUACUUACAGUAAUGGCUGAUCGGUUGCUGUCAGAUCCCAAUUUCUAUAAAGAUAUGAUGUCUGGUACUCUGCCCUUUGCUGUUUACACAACAGUUGCAGGGAAGGUAACUGUUCUAAGUAUUAUUAAGAAACAUAUAGUAACUUAUACGUCUUGUAAUGUGUCAUUGAAUCUCCAGAACUCAACUGUAGCAGAUUCGGAGUGCAGAACGAAGAUCAACUUAUGA